GACGCGAACAUUCAGAGCCCAGAAACGCUCGAGAACAGCCGUUCAAUUAAGGUCUGCCUCAAGAAAUAUUACAAAAUAUAAUUUCCAAAAGUGAAAAUGGUGUCGAGUGAAAAAGUGAUCUUGGCCCUCACUGUUUUGGCCACUUUGGCCUGCACAGGGUACGCCAUCAAGUGCUACCAGUGCGAUUCUAUAACUAAUCCCCAGUGUGGCAAGGAGUUUAAGUCGAAGGAGAGCCUGGUUUUGGAUUGCACCAAGACUGCCGCACCUCGAUUUCUGCUGAACUUCUUCCCGGUUCGCAAUGCCACCGGUUGCAUGAAGCAGACCAUCGCAACACCUGGAACGCCCCAGAUCAUAAGGAGCUGCUUUUUCGGCGAUGUCAAAAACACGGAUAACGGUUGCCAGCUUGAUCCCGUCCUGUUCAUCAACAAGCUGCAGAGCUGCGAAGUCUGCACCAAGGACGAGUGCAACGGAUCCUCCUCCUUGGCCCCCAUUGCCGGGGUUAUCCUUCUUUUCUUUGGCGUGGCUCGUCUGCUGGCAUAAGUUUUAUAGUAUUUCCUGUAGCACCGCUGGACCAUCCCGACCAAACCAAGCCUGCUCAUGCAAAAGCCUUUAAGGGAUCUGCUUUAGUCACUUUUUAAUCACUUUUGAUUGUUAUACACCAUUUUAACAUUUUUUGUCCACAAUAAAGAUCUUUUUAUUUAUUUAA